CCCAAGCAACAGCCUCCUUUCACUGCCUCCUGCGUCUGAGGUAGACUAAUCUUAUAGGUCAAAACUCUGAAUUCGGACUUGCCUAUAGGCUGAUGGACUUGUCACAUUUGAACUAAUUUCUUCCGUAUCGGAAACUGAAGACGCAAGACAAGACAAUCUUUAACAAUUGGUAAAGUUGAUGUUGGAGUUUACAAAGGCAUUGAAAGGACAUAUGAAGCUCCUGUCCCCUGCCCACAGGAGGCCCAGAUGAACAUGGAGAGCCUGAGCAAGCCAGAGCUGCUGAUGCUCUUCAGUGUCCUGGAGGGAGAGCUGGAGGCUCGCGACCUGGUCAUCGAGGCCCUCAGGGCCCAGUGCAGAGACACAUAUGUGGAGAAGCGCUAUGGGAAGUACAACCUGAGCGACCCGUUCCUGGCUCUGCAGAGGGACAGUGAGGCGUUGGGGGGGCAGAGCCCUGGGGUCCACCAGGCUUCAGCCUGCUCUAGCCCCCUGGCUGUGCUCAAGCAGGUGGUCACCCAAUGCAGGAGGAUGCAGGAGAAGAUGCUGGCCCAGCUAGCUGCAGCCGAGAGCAGGCACAAGACGGUCAUUGCAGAUCUGGAGGAGGAGAGGAGAAGGCAUGCAGAGGACACCGCCGAGGGCGAUGAUGUCACUUGCAUCCUGGAGAAGGAGAGGGAACGCCUCUUGCAACAGCUGGAGUUUGAGCGGGGCCAGGUGCGUCGUCUGGAGAAGGAACAGAAGAAGGUCCUGGAGCAGCUGGAGGAGGAGCGGGUGCAGCACAAGCAGCUCUCCUCUGCCCUGGCCAAGGAGUGCAAGUGGGCCAGCCAGCGGGCCCUGGAGGUGGACCACCGCCUGGCUGAGGCAAGCCGUAGGCUGGAGAAGGAGCAGGGGGAGAUCUUGGCCCUGAGGGCUGAGCUGCAGAAGGAGAGGAGGAGGACCCUGCAGAUGGAGGCCAGGGUGGAGGAGCGGCUGGCUGAGUUUGACACGGAGAAGGCGCAGCUCCGCUCUCGGCUCAAGAGGGAGGAGGCCCAGUGCUGCCUGCUGCAGGAGCAGGUGGAGGCGCUGAGGAGAGAGCUUCAGGGAGAGAGGGGAGCUGAGGAGAAGGAUGAGAGGAGAGACUCUCCUGUGGACACCAGUGGAGGGUCACCACUACUACGACCACCACCACACUCCAGCCAGGCAGAGGGGGGUGAAGAGCCUAAGGUCAACGGGCACGACUGCCUCAGGGAGGACGCCCUUCCAGACAGACUGGGCCUAGACAACCGGAGUGAGAACAGCAGCCCUGUCCUGCUGUCCCCUGCCCUCCUGAACCAGAGCCUAUCCCCCUGCAGCACGGGGUCCUCCUCCCUCACCUCCUCCCCGUGCUCCUCUCCUCAGCUGGCUAAACGGCUGGACAUGGCCACCAGUCCCAGCUACCAGUCCUCCUACCAGGCAGGCAUCAACCAGCGCUUCCAUGCUGCUCGCCACAAGUUCCAGGGCCACACUGAUCCAGAGCAGCAGCAGCAGGAUGGAAGAGGAGGUGGCAGCCUGCCCCACUCCCCUAGAGACCUGUCCCCGUCCCCUGAGUGCAUCCCCGUCCCUGUCCCCAGCCCGGCCAAGCAGCUGGCCCGCAGCACCGUCACCCACGUCCUGUCCCGCUUCACAGUCCAGCAGGGGGCCAAACCUCCGCCACCUAACAGCUCUCCCUUCGGCACUGACUACCGUAACCUGGCCCUGACCCCCUCCUCCCCUGUCAUCCCCAGGGCCUCUGGUGCUGCUCUGCCUCUGGGGGUCUGCUCCCCAACCAUCCCCCGAGCAGACAGGGGCAACCCUCCCCCCAUCCCCUCUAAGAAGCCUGGCCUGGCCCAGUCUCCAGCGCCAUCCAUCCCUGGUACCAGAGCCAGCCACUUUCCUGAGCUGUCAGGAAGCUGUGGUCUCACCAGCAGCCAGGAGAAUGUUAAAGAGCUGGACAUGGUGGUUUCCUCCAUCAGUUAGCCUCCUACUGAGUGCUACUAUCGCUGUGUUCUUUUAUACCGCUCACACGUUUGUAUGCUGAGGCACGCUCCAAAACACUGUCAAGUUAACUGUAUUUAUUUGAUUUUUGACAUGCAUUCUGCUUCAUUCUUCUUGUAGCACUAUAGAUGUAUUUAUACAUUUUGGGUUUGUUGAUAAUAUAAAAUAAGAAGAAUAAGCCGUAAUUAAGAGUAAUGGGCCAACAUGCAUGUUAGUUGCUGGGUACUUUUCAAAAUGUUGCUAAGAAAAGCAUGUUAUGUCAUGGGACAAUCAAAUGUCUCUACUUAUAAUGCAGCUUUUGAAUUUGAGUUAGGAAAUGAGCAUAUCUCUAAAUCAAGAUUGGGAUUUAGCCUAAUACUGAACAAAAUAAGAGAGCUUAUCUUAAACUGCAGAGUUUAAUACUGAAACUAGGCUGCUUACAAACACAUUAUUAUAAUGUUGUAUUUCCUAAAAUGGCACAUGAUUAUAAAAUUCCAUAUCUUCAAGGCUUAAUAAGUUGGCAGUAUUCUGUGUAUAUGCAGUAUUCUGUGUAUGUGCAGUAUUCUGUGUAUAUGCAGUAUUAUUAAUACUAUUAUGUAUUAUGUGUAGUGUAACUACUAUGAAAAUAUAUUAUAUUUGCUCUCAUACCAAUCGUCUGGUCAAACAUUUAGAAUGUAUAUUUUUACACGUCAUAUGAGCACAUUAUAUCGAUUUUACACCCGCAUAUUGGUUUGUCAUAGACAGUUGAAGUCGGAAGUUUACAUACACUUAGGUUGGAGUCAUUAAAACUCGUUUUUCAACCACUCCACAAAUUUCUUGUUAACAAACUAUAGUUUUGGAAAGUUGGUUAGGACAUCCACUUUGUGCAUGACAAGUCAUUUUUCCAACAAUUGUUUACAGACAGAUUAUUUCACUUAUAAUUCACUGCAUCACAAUUCCAGUGGGUCAGAAGUUUACAUAAACUAAGUUGACUGUGCCUUGAAACAGCUUGGAAAAUUCCAGAAAAUGUCAUGGCUUUAGAAGCUUCUGAAAGGCUAAUUGACAUAAUUUGAAUCAAUGUGGAUGUAUUUCAAGGCUUACCUUCAAACUCAGUGCCCUUUUUGCUUGACAUCAUGGGAUGUCAAAAGAAAUCAGCCAGGACCUCAGAAAAACAAUUGUAGACCUCCACAAGUCUGGUUCAUCCUUGGGAGCAAUUUCCAAAUGCUUGAAGGUACCACCAUCUGUACAAAAAAUAGUAUGCAAGUAUAAACACCAUGGGACCACGCAGCCGUCAUACCGUUCAGGAAGGAGACGCGUUCUGUCUCCUAGAGAUUAACGUACUUUGGUGUGAAAAGUGCAAAUCAAUCCCAGAACAACAGCAAAGGACCUUGUGAAGAUGCUGGAGGAAACAGGUACAAAAGUAUCUAUAUCCACAGUAAAACGAGUCCUAUAUCGACAUAACCUGAAAGGACACUCAGCAAUGAAGAAGCCACUGCUCCAAAACCACCAUAAAAAGUCAGACUACGGUUUGCAACUGCACAUGGGGACAAAGAUCGUACUCUUUGGAGAAAUGUCCUCUGGUGUGAUGAAACAAAAAUAGAACUGUCUGUCCAUAAUGACCAUUGUUAUAUUUGGAGGAAAAAGGGGGAGGCUUGCAAGCCGAAGAACACCAUCCCAACCGUGAAGCACGAGAGUGGCAGCAUCAUGUUGUGGGGGUGCUUUGCUGCAGGAGGGACUGGUGCACUUCACAAAAUAGAUGGCAUCAUGAGGGAGGAAAAUGAUGUGGAUAUUUUGAAGCAACAUCUCAAGACAUCAGUCAGAAAGUUAAAGCUUGGUCGCAAAUGGGUCUUCCAAAUGGACAAUGACCUCAAGCAUACUUCCAAAGUUGUGGCAAAAAUGGCUUAAGGACAACAAAGUCAAGGUAUUGGAGUGGCCAUCACAAAGCCCUGACCUCAAUCCCAUAACAUUUGUGGGCAGAACUGAAAAAGCGUGUGCGAGCAAGGAGGCCUAAAAACCUGACUCAGUUACACCAUCUCUGUCAGGAGGAAUGGGCCAAAAUUCACCCAACUUAUUGUGGGAAGUUUGUGGAAGGGUACUCGAAACGUUUGACCCAAGUUAACCAAUUUAAAGGCAGCGCUACCAAAUACUAAUUGAGUGUAUGUAAACUUCUGACCCAUUUUGAAUGUGAUGAAAGAAGUAAAAGCUGCAAUAAAUCAUUCUCUAUUAUUAUUCUGACAUUUCACAUUCUUAAAAUAAAGUGGUUAUCCUACCUGACCUAAGACAGGGUAAUUUUGACUCGGAUUAAAUGUCAAAAAUUGUGAAAAAACUGAGUUUAAAUGUAUUUGACUAAGGUGUAUGUAAACUUCCAACUUCAACUGUAGCUACUAUACUGCACAUAUAAAUAUUUAAUUUGGUUUUUAUACGGUGCAUUAAAUAUUGCCUUAGUAUAUCACUUGGCUAUCAGGACUAGUAAUCAGCACUGCUGAACGGGGAGAAUCUCAAUUCCAUACUCCUCGCAUCCUCUCUCCUCGCCUCCUUCUCAAAACCCAUUAAGGUCAGAGAGGAGGGACCUCUGGCUGUCUCAUCCAAAGGGUUUUGAGAAGGAGGCGAGGAGAGUGGACGCAAGGAGUAUGCAGUUGAGAUUAUCCCAUUGUUUAGUAAGAUAAUCAAGUAUUAUAGUUAUUGUAUUAUAGAGAAUUUACUGUAACAGCUUGUGUUAUUUACCCCAUAGCUGUUUUGGCAAAAAGGGGGGGUAGCUGUGGGGGGGAAAUAUCAUAAAGUAUUAUAUAUUAGAAAAAUGUAUGCUAAUAUAUUUAUUAUUAUCACUUAAUGAUUUCUGCUUGCGUUUGUUGUUCAUUUGAUUGAAUGUGAGAAAAGUCCGAAGAAAUUAGUCGUCUGCCAAAGACAGUGAAAAGAGAAGAGGCUCUGCAUGCUGUUUUUUUGGUGCUCCCAAAAUCACAUUUUACAGAUUAGUAUGCACUGUGUUGCAUUGCAAAACCUUUUAGACUUCCAUGCAUAUACCUUGCUCAUCAUAUCAUUUGUUACAGCAUUAUCCAUGAUGGCUAUAAAAGGAGAACACUCCCUCAACCUCACUGCAUCUAUUCAUACAUGUAUAUCUAUUGAUCAAUUACUCUGACCCGGUAGUUUUAAAUACACAUGAAAAAAAAUCAAC